GCACUAACCGUGUCUACUCUGCUGCACAAAAAGCAGGAAGCAGACAGAGCCCCGUGUGCGGUUAGCUCGGAGCUAAAGCUAAAAACACUUUGUUAAAAUGUCCAAAGGCCAAACGCUGAGAGCUUUGGUGAAUGAGCGGCUGACUGCGGCUGCUGAAGAGAUCUUUGCGCUGUUUGAAAGAACGAUAGCGGAGUAUGAGGAGGAACUGUGUCGCUCCAAAGAGGAGAACCAGAGGAACCAGGACACUUCACAGACUCCACGGAUUAAAGAGGAGCCAGAGGAGCAGAGCGUCAAACAGGAGGAAGACACGCUCCCAGCACAGGUCCCAGAGUCCAGUGCUGUCUGUGUGAAGACAGAAGAAUCCUCACUGCUUCAACAUAGACAAACUGAGCACAGAGAGGAAACACAGGGAGAGGACAUCAGCACAGAGCCACAUUUACACCCAGAGACUGAGGGACACAUGGAGCACUCCUCUGACACUGACAAUGAUGAAGACUGGAGAGCUCCAUUCAGCUGUUCAGCUGCACAGAUGGAGACAGAGGCUGAUGGAGACCACUGCAACCAAGUCCAGAUCAGAGCAAGAAGCACCGCUGCACCAAACUCAGGUCUAUCCCCCAAAUACAAGUCUGCACCAGAGACCAGUGCCACUGUGAACUAUGGAGACGUGUCAGGAACAGCCCAAGGAGCUGACAAGAAGAAACACCAGUGCUCUGUGUGUAAGAAGAGGUUUAAGACUGUGUGGAAAUUACAAAGACACAUUAGAGUUCACAGAGGAGACAAACCUUUCAGCUGUUCAACUUGUGAGAAAACAUACACCCAGAAGUGUUCUCUCGAUAUACAUGUGAGAACACACACAGGGGAAAGACCUUACAGCUGUUUAACCUGUGAAAAAACAUUUAUUGAAAAGAGUCAUCUAAACAGACAUAUAAAGAUACAUACUGGCGAGAAACCUUACAACUGUUUAACUUGUGAGAAAACAUUUACCCAGAAGGCCAAUCUAGAUAAACAUGUAAAGACACACACAAAAGAGAGACCUUACAGCUGUUCAACAUGUGAGAAGACAUUUACCCGUAAAGGUCAUCUUGAUAAACAUGUGAGAACACACACAGGGGAGAGGCCUUACAGCUGUUCAACCUGUAAUAAAAGGUUCAGCCAAAACUCUUCUUUGAGAAGACACAUAAGAACUCACAGAACAGAGCUGUGUGCGGGAAUGUGGCACUAAUGACUCACAAUGCAGAACCACAUGUUUUUUUUACAAACUGCAAACAAGUAUAUUUAUGUUCACUGACAGACGGGUGCACUGGUCAGACGGGUGCACUGGUCAGACGGGUGCACUGGUCAGACGGGUGCACUGGUCAGAUGGGUGCACUGGUCUGAUGGGUGCUCUUAUAAUGCAGCCUCAUUUGUCACAAACGUCCCCCUGCAGGCCUGCGUUAGUGCUCGCACUCACCUCACAGAUGAAAAUCAAAUCACGUCUGUCCUGGAAAAGCGGCCUGUAUUUCCAUGAAGCAGAGCAGAUCCAGGGCAGGUCCAGAGCAGCUCCAUGUUCCCCCACACUUGUGUUCUGUUAUUCCACUGACACUUCAUAAACUGAUGGGCUCCUCUCCAGCCUCUGCUCUGUCUGGAUCUGAUCACUACAAACACGAAGCUAAAAGUGACUUAUUUCUGUCCCUUGUGUUGCUGCUGUCGUCUGUGCCCAGGGCAGUGGACCGCACCUUUGAUGGGUCAGGGUCAUGUGUCGUCUGAGCAUUCACACGAGACAGCUUUAAAGGUCACAUGACACAGGUCUAGUGUCUGAUGUUGAGUAAAGGUCAGAGGUCACAGCUCUAAAGAUAUGCUAUAUAUAUAUAUUACAGUAUUGAGCUAAAACCACGUGAUGGAAUCGGGUCUGUCCAGAUCGGCAGGACGGACUAUGCUGGACCCACAUGUUUGAGCCAAGAUAAAUGCUUGUAUUUCAUUGAUCAUUUUGACUCUACACAAAUGUAACAAUAUUAAUUAAUUUAAUAAAAACUAUUACUG